UUGUGGUCUUCACCACCGAUGGCGUCAUUGCAGUCAGGUUCUCCCAGUUACGAUUUCCUCGAUGUUAAUUGUUCAGGAGGUUUUUACCAGGAGCCGAAUUAUCCGCAGAGGUCUCCUCCUCUCCAAAACAAACGGACCAGGUGAUGUAAUCCGGACAGGGGACCUUCGUCGUCCUGGUUACAGCGGUAAAGGCAGUUACGGCUGUGGAACGGUCAGGGUCAAAAGAAACCACGAUGACCACUGGUUCCAAACGGGAGACGAACACCAGUCUCCCAUGUCGACGGACCCAUCCAUCCGCCCGGACCUCCUCCUUUGCUCCCGUAAUAAUUACUUCACCCACAAGAGGUCCCCUCGCGAUAAAACCUAACCAUGGGUCCUAAGGAGCUGCUGCACAGACGACCUGUGGGGUCGUUUUUUGGGGGUGGACGGUCCCAGGUUAUAAUAAAGAAAGUUAGAGUCAGUUAUGUGUAGUUUAACUUCAUUUUUCGAACGUUAAUUUUUUUAAACUGUUGUACAUUUUGUACGAAAGUUACAGCUUUAGGAUUUUCCUUCAUUCUUUUUUUAGUGUAUUCAAAAAUCAAGUUGUCAGGUUCAUGCUAGCCUCUGAUCCACUAGUUUCUUUAACUCAGUACAGUCUCUCAUUCAGCAUUUCUUUCACUGGUCUCUCUGAAAAACAAAUGUUACUGGUCAUAUUCUAAGACAAAUCAGCAUCCACUACAUAGUAGAAGUUGAAGCCUUUGUGGUUUGAACAAAGUUAAAAAAAACAUAUUUUAGAAUACAAAAAACUACAGCUCCCACGAAAAUUUCAGAACUUGGUUUCGUCCAUAUUCAUAAAAAUUCACAUUCACUGUCUUCUAAUGUAAUUUGUCCAGUUUCGUAGCUGUAAUCUCUGUGUCAACACGUACAGUGUCCACUGUCCUGUCCUCUCUGUCCUGCUGUUAUUACAGACAUUUUUGAAUUAACCAAAGCCCCUCGACUCGUCCAUGGACAUUUAGCCUGCAAAGUUUUUGGGCUUAUGGGAAGUGGGGUUUAUUAAAGGCUGUUCAACAACAGCAAUACUGAACAAAAAACACAACUAGAUUGUUUUUUUUAAACUUUACCGUCCUUAUCUGAAGAUCUGGAGUGAACAACACGGCAUUCAGCUGAGAGAGUCUCUGUUCAGAGGCUGGAUUUUGAGUCAUUAAAAGUGUCUAUCAAUUCUUAUAUCGUCGGUAUUAUUUUGUAAGAAAGCAUUUACAGUUUCAACAGUAAUGUUUAUUGUCCCCACUGGAUGGAGCAGUGACCUCCUAGAAAAGUGUCACCUAAGCAUCACUGUCCUGGCUCAAACGCUGUGUGUGUGUAGAGCCCCGAGCGGUUAGUCUGUCUCCACCUCAUGUUUUCAGGGCGAGUGUCCUACAGAAGUCUGACGUUAUUACACACACAAGAACAUAGAAGUUGUACUGCUGCCCUGUUCUUAUUUGCACAGUAAAAUCAAAAUGUCUUGAAGGUGUCAACCUUGACAAUUGCAAAUCAGGUUUUGGGCAGUGUUACGUGACUUUUGUUAAAAUUAUUGACACUUCAUUUUUCAGUCGUGUUUUUUCCCCGUGUUUGAAGAGUAAAAUCGAUAUGAACUCGGUACGUCAGAGAAGAACAUUUAAGACCAGACUGUCAUCCGGGUGGAGCCAGAAAGAGGAGCAGCGUCUGAGUGUCGCUCGUUGUAACAGAGCUGAACUGGGUGACAUUUCCAGCUGAUAUUCCAGUUGUGGAGUUCUGUGAGAAUCUGGGAGCCCUGAGCCAUGCGUCCUUUUGUGGUAACUGCCGUCCUCCUCCUGGUGGUCCUGAUGUUCAUGACGGACUCUGCAGCCGGAACUGAAAACAGGCCUUUUUAUAAAGGGAAGAAGUUACAACUGCCUGAACCAUGUCCUGAGAUGGGCUGGUACCAGCUGAGUAGUAGCCUCUGUUUUCGAGCAUUGAACACUACGGCAACAUUUGAGACAUCACAGGAGUCCUGCAGAAGGGAAGGUGGUCAUCUGCUAUCAUUCAGGACUUUGAAGGAGUACAAAAGCGUGAUGCGGUUCUUGGUCCAGAAUCGCCUCGUUGGAUAUGACUUCUGGAUCGGAGCCAAAGGACAAAAUGGUGUAUUUUGCUGGAUCGAUGGAAGUGGAUCGUUUGCAAUUGACGGAUGCGGGGACCAGUCUGGCAACUGGGAGCAGAGUGGGGACUGUGUGGUGAUGAACUCUCUCCUCUUGGAACCCUGGAGCAACAUUUCCUGUUCAGAAAAAAGGUUCUUUUUGUGUCAAAAGAAAGCCUGAUCGUCUCAAGUUGAAGAACCAGCCUGCGUCACUGUAACCACUGCUAAAACAACUUUGACAAUUACUGCAA